CGCUCUAGAGGAUUUUCCUUUCUGAACAACAGCAGCAAAGCAAGCCACACCAUGGGUGAGAUCAACCAAAAUGCUGUGGAAAAAUACCUCGAGGAGAACCCUGCGUUUGCCAAGGAAUACUUCGACAAAAAGCUGCGGGUCGAGGUCCUGGGAGAAAUCUUCAAGAACAGCCGGGUGCCGGUCCAGGCCAGCAUGUCGCUGCCCGAGCUGACGCAGGUGGAGGAGUCAGCUGUGUGCCUAGAGCUGCUGUGGUCCGUGCAGGAGGAGGGGAGCAGUGCCGAGCUGACGGCACACAAGGUCCUGCAGAGGAUGGCCCAGCUGCUGCAGGCCGACCGCUGCAGUAUGUUCAUAUGCCGUUCCCGCAAUGGCAUGCCUGAGAUGGCCUCAAAGCUGCUGGACAUCACCCCGACCUCCAAGUUUGAGGACAACUUUGUGGUCCCUGAUAAAGAAGUUGUGUUUCCCCUGGAUGUCGGGAUUGUGGGUUGGACUGCUCACACGAAGAAACCCCUUAAUGUCCCAGAUGUGAAAAAGAACAACCAUUUUUCUGACUUCAUGGAUAAACAAACCGGCUAUGUCACUAAGAACCUGCUGGCAGCUCCCGUCGUGAUGGGCAAAGAGGUUCUUGCAGUACUGGUGGCGGUGAACAAAGUAAAUGCAUCUGAGUUUUCCAAACAGGACGAAGAGGUCUUUACCAAAUACCUCAACUUUGUCUCUGUCAUCCUAAAACUUCAUCAUACCAACUACCUAUACAAUAUCGAAUCCCGAAGAAGCCAGAUUCUUAUGUGGUCAGCCAACAAAGUAUUUGAAGAGCUCACAGAUGUUGAGCGACAGUUUCACAAAGCACUGUACACAAUCAGAACUUACCUGAACUGUGAACGAUACUCCAUUGGACUGCUGGACAUGACCAAAGAGAAGGAAUUCUACGAUGAAUGGCCAAUCAAGCUUGGAGAAGUUGAGCCUUAUAAAGGUCCAAAGACACCAGAUGGCAGGGAAGUCAUCUUUUAUAAAGUAAUCGAUUACAUUUUACAUGGGAAGGAAGAAAUCAAAGUGAUUCCGACACCUCCUGCUGACCAUUGGACAUUUGUCAGUGGGUUGCCAACCUAUGUUGCUGAAAAUGGAUUUAUAUGCAACAUGCUCAACGCGCCUGCAGAUGAGUACUUCACCUUUCAGAAAGGACCUGUAGAUGAAACUGGUUGGGUCAUUAAACACGUCUUGUCCUUGCCUAUUGUCAACAAAAAAGAAGAUAUUGUGGGAGUAGCUACAUUUUACAACAGGAAGGAUGGAAAGCCUUUUGAUGAACAUGACGAACACAUUACUGAGACUCUCACACAAUUCCUUGGAUGGUCUCUUUUAAAUACUGACACCUAUGAGAAGAUGAAUAAGCUAGAAAAUAGAAAGGACAUUGCUCAGGAAAUGCUCAUGAACCAUACCAAAGCCACUCCUGAUGAAAUUAAGUCUAUUUUGAAAUUUAAAGAGAAGUUAAAUAUAGAUUCAAUUGAAGACUGUGAAGAAAAACAGCUUGUCAAAAUUUUGAAAGAGGACUUGCCGGACCCACAGGCGGUAGAACUGUAUGAAUUCCGCUUCAGCGACUUCCCCAUUACAGAGCACGAAUUGAUUAAAUGUGGACUCCGAAUGUUUUUUGAAAUAAAUGUGGUGGAGAAAUUCAAAGUACCUGUAGAGGUUCUUACCAGAUGGAUGUACACGGUGAGGAAAGGGUACCGCGCUGUCACUUACCACAACUGGCGGCACGGGUUCAAUGUGGGACAGACCAUGUUUACUCUGCUGAUGACAGGAAGACUAAAAAAAUACUACACAGACCUGGAAGCUUUUGCCAUGCUUGCUGCUGCCUUCUGCCAUGACAUUGAUCAUAGAGGCACCAAUAAUUUGUAUCAGAUGAAGUCCACAUCUCCACUGGCAAGGCUUCAUGGGUCAUCUAUUUUGGAGAGGCACCAUCUGGAGUACAGUAAGACCCUCUUGAAGGAUGAGAGUUUAAACAUCUUCCAGAACCUAAACAAGCGUCAGUAUGAAACAGUUAUUCAUUUGUUUGAGGUUGCAAUAAUAGCAACUGACCUGGCUUUGUAUUUCAAGAAGAGAACCAUGUUUCAAAAGAUUGUGGAUGCCUGUGAGCAAAUGCAAACUGAGGAGGAGGCCAUCAAGUAUGUAACCAUUGACCCAACCAAGAAGGAGAUCAUUAUGGCAAUGAUGAUGACAGCAUGUGACCUGUCGGCUAUCACCAAGCCCUGGGAGGUACAAAGCCAGGUAGCACUUCUGGUUGCAAAUGAAUUCUGGGAACAAGGAGAUCUGGAGAGAACAGUGCUGCAGCAACAACCUAUUCCUAUGAUGGACAGAAACAAAAAAGAUGAACUACCUAAACUUCAAGUUGGAUUUAUUGAUUUUGUUUGUACUUUUGUAUAUAAGGAGUUCUCACGGUUUCACAAAGAAAUCACACCCAUGCUGAAUGGCCUUCAGAACAACAGAGUGGAAUGGAAAUCUCUUGCUGACGAAUAUGAUGCAAAGAUGAAGGAAAUUGAAGAGGAGAUGAAAAAGCAGGAAGAAGGAGAAGUGGUAGUAGCACAAGUUGCUGAGGAUUCAGGCGGUGGUGGUGUUGAUGACAAAAAGUCCAAAACAUGCUUAAUGUUGUAAAAUAGUCCAACUGGUCUAAACUUCAAACAUCAUCUUAGUUUUGAAGAAAAACAGAAAACAUUAAAAAAAAAUACAAAAAACUUCAGUAAAUUUCAUUCAGCAAAUCAUCAAGUAACAGAGUUAAGAGGAUCACCAGAAAAACUAUCCUGCGACUUUUAUCAAGAGAAUAUAUAUUUUUGGCCUGAAAACCCUGAAGAUGAAAUAAAGUUCAACAAAAAUGCAAAAUAAGACAAAAAAACAGGUGCAUUUUGGGUACCAAUUUGCUUUAAAAAAAUGUGGUCCUGAAACUAGUCACAGGUUUAAAAAAGUUUUAAUUAUAUUUACUUGCUAAGGCUGCAUAAUAGAGUACCUACCACAGAUCUUUUUACUUACAGAAUGGGUGGCUUAAACAACAGAAAUUUAUUUUCUCACAAUUCUAGAAGCCAGAACCCACCCAGAAGUGCAAGAUCAAGGAGGUGUUGGCAAGGUUGGUUUCUCAUGAGGCCUCUCAACGUGGUCUGUAGCUGGCUAUGUUUCCCCUGUGUCUUCAAAGUCAUCCCUCUGUGUUUAUGUCUAGUUUCCUCUUCUUAUAAGAACACCAGCUCUAGCACAAGGUGCACCCAGUAAUAUGAAUGAAUGAUAAUCAGAAUGAAUGAUACAAUAUGUAUAAAUAAGAAAUAAUAAGUCAUCACUUUGGGUAAGUACUGCCAUGUACUCCUUAUUUCCAUUACUUAAUGUUGAGACUCCACUUCUAAGAUCACAUAAGAAAUUAUUCUUUAAGCUUUAUUUUUAAAGUUUUAACCCCUGGACACCAAGUCAGUUCAAAUAACUUCCCUUCUCAGUCACCAGAAACUGAGCUGCGGGUAGCAAUGUGCCACCACUGAAGGUCUGCCAAAUAUACGAACUCUGCUUCAGAGCAAUUGUAAGGAAGCAUAAUCUCAAACCCUCCAGACCAAGGGUCCACUGACUGCACUGAGGCAAAGUGUGAAAUAGGUAUGUAGGAGAAUUAAUGUUUAAACUAUCAUUUUGGAGCACUUUUCAAAUACUCCUUAAAAUAGGACUUAUAGGAGAGGGAUAUAGCUCAGUUGGUAGAGUGCUUACCUUGCAUGCACAAGGCCCUGGAUUCAAACCCAAGCAACACACACACACACACACACACACACACACAAGAACUUUCAUCAUCUGUCAUUAUGCUGAAUGGAUUAAGUAUUUUAAUUUUAUGUAACAAUCUAAAUUUAUCAUUGAACUUGAUACAUAAACUCAUACUUGCACUACCAAAUAUAAGGAUCUAUUUUAAAAGGGUAUUUAGAUAUUUUUCCAAUUAACAUUAAAUUCUGUAGGAAUAGGACUAUAUUUUUAUCAUAAGAAUAUUUAAUUACAUAUAUUUCACUUCUAAUAAUUUUACUUUUGGACCUUUUAAAUAUUUUUCUUAGAAAUCAAAAUUCCUUUUU